AUGGAGAGCAGCAGCAAUGGCGGAGGAACUGGAGGAGGCGGAGGAUUGGCCAAGCUGCUGGCCAAGCGCAGACGACGAGUAAAGACGGGAGGCCUGGAAUCGGACGCUUCAGGUCGCGAAGACGGUGACGAUGCGGCAUCCAUCAACGCCGCCGACGACGACGACAACGACGAUCGCAGCUUUGGGUCCUACGAGUCGGGAGGCGCCGAUGCCGACGCAGAGUCUGACCGAAGCAGCUCUCGCCCCCCACUAUCUCGCUCGGCCACGACAUCCCUCACGUCGCAUGCUGGCCACCUGGCAGCGUCUUCUCCCGUCGUACAAGUGACCGACUUCGACCCUCCGAGCGAACGCGAACGACGGCCGUCUCUCUUGUCUAGGCGCCUCCGCCGUGGAUCUUCCAAAUCCAGGAGCUCGUCUCCCAAUGCGUCCAAGGAGCGCCUAAGCGAGAUAGCGCCACUGCCCGAACCGCCUGCCGCGGCCAAGACGACUUCAUCCCCUGAAAAGCAUUCAAUCAUCCCGCCCGCGAGGAUCUCGACAUCGCCUGCGCGGCCUUCGACAAGCGACGAUCAAUUUGGCCCCGUCAUUGUAAACACCCCUCCGACGCCGGUCGAGCGAACAAGUCCCUUCGCCUUGCACCAGGAGAGGAAGCUGCCGCCUGUCAUUGCAGAGCCUGCCUCGAAUGGGGACCGCCCGUCUACUGCUUCUUCCUCUUCCUCUUCCCACGCCGUAAGCGCGCAUCGAAGAACGAAAUCGGGAUCUGCGAGCAUAGGGCCCAGCAAACUGUCCAACAUCACCCUUGCGCCACUUUCACCUACCCCUGAAGGCAGCGAAGUCCAGACGCCGAGCUCAGCAGGAUUCUUCUCUUCCAUGUUCUCGGUUGCCCAAAACGCUGCGAGUAGUAUUAGUAGCAAUAUCCAGGGCGGCAGCAUUGGGAUUGGAGGAAACAAGAGUCGGACGAAUCUGGCGUCUAAGCCACAAUCAUCCCCUGCACCAGAAUCCGACCAAGUCGAACCCCCACCACCCGAGCCGCAGUCGAGCGACGUAAUGGAUAAAAAGGAGUCGGCAAUCAAGACAAUUGGAACCGGCGAACUUAGUUUGAGUCAACUUGGCAUUGUAGAGCCAUCAGCAGCCAUGGCGGCCCCCGAUAUAUCUCGAUUUCCAGACCUUAACGAUACACGAACGCGAUCAGAAUCGGCACCAGCUGACAGUCAAAGCAGGGCCGGAGAUGAUGCACUCGAUGGAACAACCAGUAGGCCCAGGUCGCUGUACGAAGCAGCGGAUGGAGAGCAAGGAGCUUCGCAAACUACCCAGGGCGAUAGUGGUAGCAUAAAAAGCGACACUCAGAGAAAGCGAGGAAGUUCUACGGCUACGACCAACACAGUUGCGCCAGCAGCUCCGGGGGGCACUGCUCCCAAGCUCACGGGGUUUGCCAUUGCUAGUAAAAAGAGGAACCGCGACUUCCAUACCCUGUUCAAGAGCGUGCCAGAUGACGAUUACCUUAUUGAGGACUACAGCUGUGCGCUACAGCGAGAGAUUCUCGCGCACGGUCGAUUAUAUGUAUCAGAGGGCCAUCUCUGCUUUAGCAGCAACAUUCUUGGCUGGACGACGACUCUGGUAAUGAGCUUUGACGAGAUAGUUUCCGUGGAGAAGAGAAGCACUGCCUUGGUCUUCAAAAACGGACUGAUGAUAUCGACUUUGCACGCCAAGCACAUCUUUGCCAGUUUCACUAGCAGAGACGCUACUUACGAUCUGAUUGUCAACAUCUGGAAGCUCGGCCAUCCGACAUUGACUAGCACGCUCAACGGAGUUCGGCUCGAAGGCACUGGUGGCGACAAGACCGAGAAGCUUGAUGUCGAGUCUGGAAACUUGGAGCCCGAGACUCCAGCUGGAUCCGACUCUGAAGAAGGCAGCGACGACGACGACGACGAUUUCUACGAUGAAGAAGAGAGCGACCAUGCCCCAGAAGCCCAGGCCGCGGAUGCUGGCGGUGCCGGCGGAGACACUGCCAAAGCAAAUAGGAAGAUAUCUGGCGCUCCCGCUCCCAGCGCGGCCGUACUUGACGCAGCUGCUGAUGGGCAAUCUCCAGCAGCCGGGGCCGGAACGUUCCCCGGCCCGGCAAUCCACGCUCCAACUGAUUGCGGUGACGGCGAGACACACUACGACAAAUUCUUGGCCGACGAAACUAUUCCAGCUCCGAUGGGCAGGGUAUUCUCGAUGCUCUUUGGCGAGGCUUCUGCAGAGUGGAUGGGCAAAUGGAUUACAGAGAACCAAAAGUGCUUUGACCUGCAAAUGGAGGAUAAGAAGGGCAUGAGCCCCGACAGCCGCACUCGAGCGUUCACUUACAUCAAGCCUCUGUAUGCUCCGAUUGGGCCGAAGCAGACAAAGUGCAUUGUCACCGAAACCGUGGACAACAUUGACUACGAAAAGGCCGUCAAUGUGAGUGUAGUGACGCAAAACCCAGACGUUCCCAACGGCAACAUCUUCAAGGUCAAGACCAAGUACUGUCUCUCCUGGGGUGAGAACAAUGGCACUCGGGUGCAAGUCAACUGCACUACAGAAUGGAGUGGCAAGAGUUGGCUGAAAGGCACCAUUGAAAAGAACGUCAACGAGGGUCAGGCCCAGUAUUGCAAGGACCUGUUUGCUGCCUUGAAGGCAGCAGUUUCUACCCGACCGCGAGCUUCUACUAAUGGAAACGGGGCGCCAAAGUCGAAAAAGAAGGGCAAGAAGAGCAAGGCCCUUCAAUCAUCCACGGAAUCCAUCAACCCAGGCGCGCGCGCCAAGCAGGAAGAGGCAAACUGGGGCUUGUUCGAGCCGGUCCGCGGAAUUUUUGAACCCGUUGUCGAUAUUCUCAAGCCUAUCCUCACGGGCAACAUUAUGUAUGGGCUCCUGGUGGGCUUGCUGGUUACGACGUGGUUCGGAUUUGGCUUCACGCCGAACAACAGAAGCCCCGCACCGCUGGGGCCAGAUCCUUCCAUGAGCAGCGCGUAUCGCCUUGCGGCUUACGACGAGAUGUGGCGCAGAGAGGAUAGUGAACUUUGGGGGUGGCUAGAAGAGCGCGUAAGCCUGGAGCGCCUUUCGGUGGAAAGGACAAACGCGCGCAAGCGAGAAGCAGAUCCGAGGACAUUGCAGGAGAGGGUGAGAGAGGAGCGGAUGGACGAGCGGGAAAUCCAAGAGGCCAUCCGAGUUACAGAGGACAAGCUCAAAGUAUUGAGAGAAGUCAUGGCGAAAAGCAAGCUGCUGUAG